AUUAUUUUCUUAACGCCAUUUGUAACCAAGACCAAAGUGAAAAUAGAUGUGACCAUGGGUUUAUUUGGAAUAUCAUGGGCCACUAUAGUGCUGAGUAUAGCUGUAGGCUACAUUCUUCUGAUGUUUCUACAGUGGUACUUGAAGUUCCGAAGAACUGCAAUAGUCCUAUGCAAAAUACCAGGAGUGAAGACAGAAUUCCUCUUUGGGAAUUCUAGACAGAUGCCAGGACUAAAUGAAGCAGCGUUUGAGUGGAUGUUUAAGAAUGUUACAGAAAGACCACGACUGUCAUUGGGCUGGCUGAGUUCCUUUUUACCAAUGGUCAAUGUAGUACAUGCUGACACUGUGAAGGUCAUCCUCAAAUCCUCAGCACCAAAAAGCCGAAGUCUAUACAGUCUAAUAAUGUCAUGGUUGGGAGAAGGUCUGUUGAUAAGUAAUGGAGAGAAAUGGUUUAGAAGCCGUCGGCUGUUAACACCAGCUUUCCAUUUUGACAUCCUCAAAGCAUACCUAGAAGUGAAGAACAGAGCAUCUAGCAUAUUUGUUGAUAAGCUACAAGCAUAUGCAGACAAGGAAGAAUAUUUUGAAAUAUUUGAACAUGCUUGCAUGUUUUCUCUAGAUGUUAUAUUACAGUGUGCAUUUUCUUACAAGAGUGAUUGCCAAACUGCAAAAAUGAAGCAACCAUAUGUCCAGGCAGUGUGGGAAUUAAAUGAUCUUCUUGCAGAUAGAUUUUUUAAAUUUUGGUUGUAUCCAGACUUUAUCUAUUAUCUCACAUCAAAUGGUAGACGGUGGAAACGUGCCUGUGAUCUUGUCCAUAAAGUGGCUGAGAACAUUAUCCAAGAAAGAAAACAAACUCUGAUUUCAGAUGCCAAGAAAGGUAAAGAAACAAAAUGUAAGGAUUUCCUAGGUAUUCUACUGACAGCUAAAGAUGACAAUGGUACUGGAUUGUCAUCUGCAGAAAUAAGGAAUGAAGUUGAUACAUUCUUAUUUGAAGGGCAUGAUACCACAACAAGUGGGACGUCUUGGACACUGUAUGAAAUAGCUAGACAUCCAGAUGUUCAAGAUGCUGUAUACAAAGAGAUUAGUGAGGUAUUAGAGGGGAGAGACAAUGACAACAUUCUAUGGGAGGACUUGCCAAAGCUUACAUACCUGACACAAGUGAUUAAAGAAUCAUUACGCUUGAAUCCACCUGUUACAUUUAUACAAAGGGUGACGGAUGAACCUAUGACGUUGGAAGGUUACGACAUACCCGUCGGUACAACAGUCAACGUUGUUAUUGUAAAUGUACUUAUCAAUCCAACCUUGUGGGAGGAUCCCUUGAAAUUUGACCCAGACAGAUUUUCACCUGAACGCAAUGAUGAAAGGGAUCCAUUCAGUUUCGUGCCUUUCUCAGCAGGACCUAGAAAUUGUAUUGGACAAAACUUUGCCAUGAAUGAAAUGAAAACAGUGAUUGCCAGAAUUGUACACAGAUUUAAAUUGGAACUACAUCCUACUCAUAAAGUAGAACGACAACUGGCAGCAACCCUAAAAUCUAAAGAUGGAAUUAUGAUGAAGGCUAUCCCAAGAGAGAAGCUUUAAGGGUUAAUUUUGUGUAAUUUCAAAUUUUCUGAAACAAAUAUGAUAAAAGGUUCUAUAAUGAUAUUAUAUAUGACCAGCAUCCUUGUAAAGGUUUGUUUUUACUUUUUUACUAAUUUGCAUAAGUUUUAUGAAUAUGAAACACUUGGUAGUAAUUAUUGUAUGAAAUAUUAUAUAUUGAG